AUAAGUAACAAUUAUUAAAGUCAUUUUCUGUUAUGUCAGUAUGAUUAAGGAAAAAUAAUUUAAGAAAGAACAAAAAAUUGUGCAAUAAUUUGAACCUUUGAAUUUUAUUUAAGAGAAGUUGUUUGGAUAGUAGUAGUAGUAAAAUGGAAAAGUUACUUCGGGUUCGGACAUCCAUUUCGCUAGUAAGGAGAUUUCUGUCUACACCAGCACAAGACGGCAAAACUCAGGCUCAGGCAACUGUUGAGUCGCUAUCAUCAAGAUAUAAGCCAACAGAGUUUCAAAAAUUUCUUCUUGUCUGGACCAAAAAAUAUAAAAGCAAGGCGGAGAUCCCAAAAUACGUAACCUCUGAAGUUAUUAAUACAUCCAGGAGUCAAGCUAGAAUAAAGUUGUCUAAUAUCUUGAUGGCACUUACUGCUCUAGGAAGUGUGUAUGCUAUAUGGUCUGGUAAAAAUGCAGCAAAAAGAGGAGAAUCUGUUCAUCAAAUGAAUUUAGAUUGGCAUAAAAAGUACCAAGAGGAGUUUAAAAAGAACCAAGAACAAGCACAAGCAAAGUAAUGACACAGUAUAAAUUUUGCAUACAUGGUAGGCAACACCGUAAUGAAACGCUUAUUAUUUUUGACAUGUACCUUAAUAAGCAUGGAGCCUAAUAUAAGAUAUAUUUUUCUGAUAUUUUAAUGUACCACAUGCAAUAUUUUUUAAAGAUAUUUAAUUGUGUGGAUAAGUAUAGUAGUAAAUAAAGAUGUUUAGGAACAUA